AUGGUCGGAGUUCCGCGCAGCAGCGGCUGUCAGCUCUGCAGGAAGAGACGAGUCAAGUGUGACGAGGCCAGGCCGGAGUGUGGAAAUUGUCGCAAGUACGGCGCCCAGUGCCCCGGCUAUGAGCGAGCGAUCAAGUUUGUGUCUGGGAAACAUGCGAUUCGAAGUAGAGGCUCUCGACUAUCGCCAGCAAACCGCGAUAGCAGCGCUGGUGCCGGUGCUGGCACUGCCGUGGCAAAAAGUUCGCCGUCCACCGUUUCGACCUCGACUUCAUCCGUUGGGGCCACGACACCUGCGAGCGAUGCUAGCACUGCUGCGGUGUCCCUGGUGGCCUCGCUUCAGCCCAAUCGAGCCCUUUUUGUUGGCACGCUGAUGGAGAUGGCUCAGACCAGCUUGGCCUCGAAAGAUGUAACUACUUUCUUGGGCUUCUUCUGCCGGCUGAGGUUCGAAGAGCUGGGGACGGUGGCGGUCCUGGAUGGCGCCAUUUGCUCUCUUGCCCUGCAUUUGAUGGGUAAGGAGCUGGCCGACGAUAAUCUCGUUGCUCAGAGUAGGACUGUUUACGGAUGGUCUCUGGGUGCCCUCCAGGCGACAUUGAGGCAUCCUACAAGAUGGAAGUUGUCUGAGACGUUCUGUUCUGCCGUCAUGCUGUGUUUCUUUGAGCUGUUUGCUGGUACGACCGCUACGGACACCUGGUUGCGACAUGCCCAGGGAAUCGCCACACUGAUGGAGCAACGUGGUCCUGCAGCUCAUACGCAUGGCAACGACGCCGCUAUCUUGUUUUCUUUCCGAGGCAUCCUGAUCAUGAGUUCGCUGUUCUUCCCGACAAGCAGUAAAUGCUUCCUGGCCCGUCCAGAAUGGAGAGGAGUGCUCUGUAACAACGAGCUGGGGUCGAUCUUCAGUCCCGGUGCACCGGAUUUCUCGAUGCAAGUGGCUAAUUCGUUUUUCCUCUGUCUGGCAGAUAUGCCAGAGGUAAUGUGGUGGGGUUAUCCCGUCCGCGAGGCUCUUCUGGCCGGCAGACAAGUCAGCCCACGACGUAUAAAGCAAGUUGCCGAGCUCGCAGCCGAAAAGCGCGAGCGGUUUACUGAAUGGUAUGAGGAUUUCAAAAAGAUUGGAGUCGAGCUGAAGGAAGCUCCGUCCCAGGAUCCGAAUUCGCCGUACCAGGUGAUCCUGGAACACCCGGUGGGAUGGCUUGGGUCGAUGCACAUGGGAUAUUGGGCCAGCAUGUUGAUUUUGCAAGAGCUGCUGAUUCGAUGCCAGUGGCCGGUGGACUACCAAGAGUCCCAAAAAGAGCUUGUGCAUAGCAUCCUACGAUCCCUCGAGUCGGUAGGGAGAGGCACCAUGGGACCUUUCCGCCUUGGCUACUCGAUAAGAAUUGUGUAUGAGUUUGCCAAUGUGGAAGCACAGCGGUGGAUCAUCACGCUGCUGGACAGGUUCUCCAAGAGAUAUGCGGCCACGGAUAAGAAUAACUAUCCGAGCCCGCGUGUGGACGCGCAAGGAUACUCGUGA